CGCAGCAUUUUAAUAGGUUGCAGCUCGCGAGCCGACAAGUACAGACAUCAUUCCUCCGCUAGACAAGCGCGUGGACAGACUGCCUUUCCUCUUUAGUUCGCUUUCGCUUUUAUUUUUUCAACAAACACCUGCAUUUUAUUCAGCACAUUCAGAAAAGGACAAUGUUCUUUUCCCUUCUUUUGAAAUCCAAGCGUGCGCGUCGGAGAUUUUUGUUCCAGUCUUGAUUAUUUUCUCGGUUCCUGGAGGUGUUAUUGCAAUUGAAGUGUGUCAUCAUUUGCUCUGAACAAGAGCAGGAACAUGCUCGGGGAUUCAAUCGAGAGAUAAGGGGGCUUUUCCAGUAGGCUAGACAAAUCUUGGACAUUUGCAAGCGUUUUAUUGUGAUACACACAUAUAUCGCGCGUUUUUGUCCCGCUUCUGCUUCAUAUAAGGUUGUACUAUGGACUACAAGCUCUGACGUCUGCAUCAGAUAUUUUCUGCUGCAUUUCUUUAAAUGUGCAUCUUUUCUCCCCUGUGACUUUGAGAGGAACAUCUCGACCAUCAGCAGUAGGGGAUGCAGAUUUAUUUUUUUUCUUUUUUUUUUUUCUUUCCCACCUCCAACAUUUAUAGCUGAGGGGGGAAAUAAAUAAAAAUAUCACACACUGUGGAGCACCCCCUCUUUGAAGGAGCAUCACUGGAGCCAUGGCUUGUCCACAGCUUUGGACCUGGAAACUGCGACGACAGGUGUAGAAGAAGACUGAUACUCUUCCCUUCCAUUUUUUUUUUUUUUUUUUCAUCAUCAUAUUUUUUUUUUUUCUCCAUGGUUUGGUUGAAGAAGACUUUCCAGCACUUUUUCCAGAAGUCCUGUCGAAACUGAGAGAUGUCUGAUCUUCUGGUGUUGAUCGAGGGGGUCUCUGACCUGCACGGAUUUCCAUAGCUGAAGAAUAACAGUUGGGACCUAUUAAAGAUUUUUUUCUUUUUCUUUUUCCCCCCCUUUUUUAUUUUUGUUUUGUUUUUUUUUCUCCUUUCCUGUUUCUUUCUUCUUCUUCUUUUCGCGGGGCCAUCACAAAUGUGUGCAUUGGUGCUUUGAUCUCAGUCAUUCAUUUGGCCUUUUUUCUCCCAUCCCCUUCUGUUGGAUUCUUUUUUCUACUUCUUCUUCUUCUUCUUUUUUUUUUCUUUCCUUUCUUUCUUUUUUAACAUCAGUUUGGAGCACGGGCGGUUGGAUUACUGAAAUUGAAUUAACGGAUUUGUGGAAAUGUUGGGUCCUCAAGAAGACAAAUUAUGUGGAAUUGUUUCUGCUCUGGCGGCCUUGUCCUUUGUCUGCUUUGCACAAAGCACCUCCACCGGAAGUACCGGAAUAUCUGUGGCCAAGACGACAGUGGACAAAUUGCUGAAGGGGUAUGACAUCCGCCUUCGGCCAGACUUUGGAGGUCCUCCAGUCAUUGUGGGAAUGAGUAUAAAUAUUGCCAGUAUUGACUCCAUUUCAGAAGUCAACAUGGACUACACCAUCACCAUGUAUUUCCAACAAAGCUGGAGGGACAAACGGUUGGCCUAUGCUGAGAUGGCUUUGAACCUCACUUUGGACAACCGUGUGGCUGAUCAGUUAUGGCUCCCAGAUACCUACUUCCUGAAUGACAAGAAGUCUUUCCUGCACGGUGUGACAGUGAAGAACCGAAUGAUUCGGCUCCAUCCAGAUGGCACUGUUCUUUACGGACUGAGAAUAACCACUACAGCAGCCUGCAUGAUGGACCUGAGACGGUACCCCCUCGAUGAACAGAACUGCACCCUGGAGAUUGAGAGUUAUGGGUACACCACAGAUGAUAUCGUGUUCUUCUGGCAAGGAGGGGACAAUGCCGUGACAGGUGUGGACAAACUGGAAUUGCCUCAGUUCUCUAUUGUGGAGCUACGUCUUGUGUCCAGAGAAGUGAGGUUUACUACAGGUUCAUACCCUCGGCUGUCGUUGAGUUUCCGCAUCAAGAGAAACAUAGGCUACUUUAUCCUGCAGACUUACAUGCCCUCCAUCCUGAUCACAAUCUUGUCCUGGGUCUCCUUCUGGAUUAACUACGAUGCCUCUGCUGCUCGUGUGGCCCUGGGUGUAACUACGGUGCUCACUAUGACAACCAUCAACACCCACCUGAGGGAGACCCUCCCAAAGAUCCCCUAUGUGAAAGCCAUCGAUGUCUACCUCAUGGGCUGCUUCGUCUUUGUUUUCCUGGCCCUGCUCGAAUAUGCCUUCGUAAACUAUGUGUUCUUUGGAAGGGGACCCCAGCAGCAGAAAAAGAUCAACGAAAGGCUAAACAAAGCCAACAACGAGCGUCCCCGCUAUGAGGAGAAGCGUCUGAGGGAACAGGACUCCAUUUCAGCGCCGUUUCAAAGCAACACCCUCAGGUCAUAUACACAGCGAAGAAAUCUGUAUCUCGAGGAACAAAGAAAAGUCGGGGUGGACGCUUACGGAAACAUUCUUCUCACCACUUUGGAGAUGAACAAUGAGGUGAUGCCGUCUGAUGUUGGCAGCAGCGUCAGUGACUCACGGAACUCUGUCAUGUCCUUUGACAGCUCCGGAGUGCAGUUCCGCAAGCCCAUGGCUUCGCGGGACGGGUUCAGCCACCAUUCGUUGGACCGCAGCGCCAUGCGCAGUCGCGCCAACUGCAGGCUAAGAAGGCGCUCGUCCAAGCUGAAGCUCAAAAUCCCCAACUUGGCGGAUGUUAGCACCAUUGACAAGUGGUCCCGGGUCAUUUUUCCUAUUACUUUUGGAUUCUUCAACCUUAUCUAUUGGUUGUAUUACGUGAAUUGAUAUGCGUUCCCCUAGGAAACAUGGGCCAUAUUUUGAGAGCACAUUGAAUUGGCUUUGAUACAAUUGGAAAAUAUGUGUACACAUAUAUGAAAAGUUGAUACAUAUGUAUAUGCAUAUUUCUAUAUAUUAUAUUUCUAUAUACACAUGCGUGUGUAAAAUCUAAAGGAC